CCUAAGGGCGCGUGGCCCCUGCAGCCUUGCACUGCCAGUCUGCUUCGAGAGCGAAGUCCUCGUCCGGGGUUACACCCCGCGGCCUUGGCUCCCAAAGCUACAGGACUUUCGGGACAGAACUGGUGAGCACUUUGCGGGCCCGCUCCCCAGCUCCCGCGCUCCUGCGCUCCGAGCGGCCUGGCCCCGCAGGCUCGCCAUGUUCCCCUGCGGGCUGAGCUGCCUGUCCGCGCUGGGGGCGGCGGGCACCGCGCUCCUGUGCGCCGGCCUGCUGCUCAGCCUGGCCCAGCACCUCUGGACCCUCCGCUGGACGCUGAGCCGGGACCGGGCCUCCGCCCUGCCCCUGCCCAAGGGCUCGAUGGGCUGGCCUUUCUUCGGCGAAACGCUGCACUGGCUAGUUCAGGGCUCGCGCUUCCACAGCUCCCGCCGGGAGCGCUACGGGACGGUGUUCAAGACGCACCUGCUGGGCAGGCCGGUGAUCCGCGUGAGCGGCGCGGAGAACGUGCGCACGAUCCUGCUGGGCGAACACCGCAUUGUGCGCAGCCAGUGGCCGCAGAGCGCGCACAUCCUCCUGGGCUCGCACACGCUGCUCGGCGCGGACGGCGAGCCCCACCGGCAGCGGCGCAAGGUGCUGGCCCGAGUGUUCAGCCGCGCGGCGCUGGAGCGCUAUGUGCCCCGCCUGCAGGGGGCGCUGCGGCGCGAGGUGCGCUCCUGGUGCGUGGCCCGCGGGCCGGUGGCCGUCUACGAGGCCGCCAAAGCCUUAACCUUCCGCAUGGCCGCGCGCAUUCUCCUGGGGCUACGGCUGGACGAGGCGCAAUGCGCCGAGCUGGCCCGGACCUUCGAGCAGUUUGUGGAGAACCUCUUCUCUCUGCCUUUGGACGUGCCCUUCAGCGGCCUGCGCAAGGGCAUCCGGGCAAGGGACCAGCUGCAUCGGCACCUGGAGGAGGCCAUUGCAGAGAAACUUCAUGAAGACAUGGCUGGGGAGCCAGGCGAUGCCCUGGCCAUGAUUAUCCACAGCACUAGGGAGCUGGGCCAUGAGCUCUCAGUGCAGGAGCUGAAGGAGUCGGCGGUGGAGCUUCUCUUCGCCGCCUUCUUCACCACCGCCAGCGCCAGCACAUCCCUCGUCCUGCUGCUCCUGCAGCACCCGGCGGCCAUCGCCAAGAUCCGGCAGGAGCUGGCGGCGCAGGGGCUGGGGCGCGCAAUGGAAUUCUGCCCUGGAGGAGCUAAUGGUGGAGAGAAAGGCGGCCAGGGCCGACAGACAGCUUCCUCUCAAAUGUGGUGUGAGGAAGAGAGUGAUCUCCAGACCUGGAUGACAUCAAAACAUUUUGGAGGGUUGGGAUCUGAGCUGGAAGAGUACAAGGGCUACCAGGUCCCCAAGGGCUGGAGCGUGAUGUACAGCAUCCGGGACACGCACGAGACGGCGGCGCUGGACCGCAGCCCGCCCGAGCGCUUCGACCCCGANCGCUUCCACUACAUCCCGUUCGGCGGCGGCGCGCGCAGCUGCCUCGGCCGGGAGCUGGCGCAGGCGGUGCUGCAGCUGCUCGCGGUGGAGCUGGUGCGCACGGCGCGCUGGGAACUGGCCACGCCCGCCUUCCCCGCCAUGCAGACGGUGCCCAUCGUGCACCCGGUGGACGGGCUGCGGCUCUUUUUCCGCCCGCUCUCGCCUUCGGCAGCGCGAGAUGGGCUACGCCUCUGAACAGCUGCGCCGAGAGACAGGGCUUGGUCAGUGGCACUGGCCCAAUCGCAGCGCCACCCGCCUGCGCUUCCCUGGUGCCGGGUCACGCUCGCUUACGCAUUCAACAAACGGUCCACGAACGAGUCUCCGGGCGGGACUCUGAGGGUGGGGGAAUGCGAGCCACAGCCACAGCGC